GUGUCUUGGGUUUUGGAGCAGCAUGAGACUUCGUCCUCCAGUGAUGACCUGACGGCAGUGAGAAAUAACACCGACCAGAUGUUGUGUCUGCUGGCCGAGGAGCGCCCCACCGAGAGCCCCGAGGGCGGCUCGUGCGUGGCCCUCAUGGGCCCCAUACUGGAGCUGGUCGUCACCGAGAACAUUCUGGAGCGCCUGGUUCAGUGGCACCUCCGUCGCGGCCUGGACCCAGACAGCCAGGGGGCUUUGUUCAAGUUGUUUGAGAUGCUCAUUGGCCAAUCCCAGCAGCCCCUGCUGCAGCACACGGCCGUCCUUCACCCCCUGCUGAGGCUGCUUGGGUCCUGUGCUGACCCAGAACUGGGCUGUCCCUCAGUUUUAGAGAACAGCUUAGUGCUGCUGUUGAAUCAGGUGUGCGUGUCCAUGGCCCGACAGCCGGUGGUUCUUGAGAUGUUGUUUCAGGCUGCACCGGCCCAUCAGGGUUCCACCAAUCUGCUGAUCUUCUCCCUCCUCGUGCCAUUCAUCCACCGGGACGGAGCCAUCGGACAGCAAGCACGAGACGCCCUGCUGCUGGUGAUGGCAGCCUCAGCCAGCCACGAGGCUGUGGCUCGAUACAUCGCAGAAAACUCCUACUUCUGCCCGGUGUUGGCCACGGGCCUCAGCGCCCUCUACUCCUCUCUGCCCAGGAAGAUUGAAGCUCGAGGAGACGACUGGCACGCCCUGCGGCGGGAGGACUGGAUGGGCGUGUCGUCCCUCGUGCUCUUCAUGAACUCUCUGGAGUUCUGCAACGCCGUGGUGCAGGUGGCUCACCCCAUGGUUCGCUCCCAGCUUCUGGGUUACCUCCACAACGGCUUCCUCGUCCCGGUCAUGGGCCCCGCCCUGCAUAAGUCGUCGGUGGAUGAGAUGAUCGCCAGCACCGCCUACCUAGAUCUUUUCUUGCGCAGCAUAACGGAAACGUCCCUMCUCAAGACCUUCCUGCGCUUCAUCCUGCUGCAUCGCCAUGACAAUGACACCAUCCUGGACACGCUGCUCACACGCAUCAGCAGCAAUUCAAGGCUCUGCAUGGUGUCAUUAAGUCUUUUCCGCACUCUCCUGUCUCUGAACUGUGAGGAUGUCAUGCUGCAGCUUGUUCUCAGGUAUUUACUGCCCUGCACCCAUGUAAUGCUGAGUCAGCGCCGUGCCAUCAGGGAGACGGACAUGUACGGGAAGUCAGCUGACAAGUUCCUGUCGCUGAUCCCCGAGUGCUGCCAGAUGAAUGCUGCGACCUCCGCUGAGCGGGAGGAGGACAAUCCAUUCUGGAGCAAAGUACUGAACAAUCCGAGCACAGAGUCUUCUGCUCCGCCCAAACCCAGCACACCGUCCCGCUUAUCUUUUUUCAUCCGCCAGCAGAGCAGCAGUGCAGUGUCAGGAGGAGGUGGGUCCUCUGCACCCACCAGUGUGGAUCCACUGCAGUCAGGUCCAUCCAGUCUGUCCCCCGACAGCCCCAUGCAUCAGCAGCAGGCCCACACAGACAGCCUGGACUGGGAUUCGGGUUACUUAGAGUACCUCAAGGACGCCCGUCGGGGUAUUGAGCUUUGCUCCUGGGCAUGCCGUGAUUGGUCGGCGCCCUACGAUGGUGAAAACCCCUCCCCAAACACCGCCCCAUCACCCCCGCCUCCCCCGUCCUCCAACCCGUCCAUGGCUGUUUUCCCUGAGCACUUUUCUUUACAUCGGGAUGGAAGCAGCAGCUCUCCUCCAGGCCAGCAGAGGGCAGCCAUCAUGGCGGCGGCUCGCUCUGAAUGGAGCAGUUCGGACCGGGACAGCGGCGAGUGGGACGUUACRAUCGGCAAAAAUAACUGCAUCAGCCUCACGCCGCGCUCUAAGAAACGCACUUUGCAGAGAGAGGAACUCCUUUCUAAACCGAUUCCCCCUCUUGUCCCCUCAUCAUCAUCAUCAUCAUCAUCAACAGCCCCUUUAGCUAUUUCACACCCCACCUCGUCCCCGCACAUUCCCACCUCCACCAUCACUGUGAGCUACCAGAACAUGUUCAAUGGGACAGUGGAGCAGGGGGACAGUUGCGACAGAGGACUGGAGGUGAAGAAAGUAAAAAGAGACUUGGGGGAGCAGCAGUACCUGGACGAGAACGCCAAUCAAAAUGGUUCCCUUACCUCCGCUCUCUCAAAAUCCAUUUUUAGCAACAGUGACAUCAGCGAGACAAGAUCUCUUCACCCUAAGCAGUUUCCUUCUCAGAGCUCCAUCACCCAGACAGCACCCACCAAACAGCCGACCAGCGACACCUCAGGCCCUCACAGCACACCCUCAGAUCUUCCAGAACCCAAMGAAACGCUUCAGUCUGUGGAAAGUCUCAUUGAGGAACUGCUGGAACAGACUCCAGGAGAUCCUCAGCUUCCCGGAGACGCUAACGGACAGGGCAUCAGCAUCGAAGCCUUCACGCAGGAGCUGAGGGAGCUGGAGGACCAGGUGAAAGAGMGAAGCCGAGCCCCCGGCCAACAACAGGACACCGCUGCAGAUGCUGCCAAGCAGCAGGAAGAAGAUCAGCUUUCAUCAGUCCUGGAUUCAAAACUGACAGGAGACCUCAAAGGAGACAGGUCUGUGGUGGGAGUCUGUAGUCCUGCCAGACCACUUAACCAGCCUGCCUUGCAGCCGUACACAGGCCCAUUCAUGACGGUUCUGUUUGCCAAGCUGGAGAACAUGCUUCAGAACUCGCUUUACGUCAACAUCCUUCUCACUGGCAUCGUGGCCCAGUUGGCCUGUUACCCCCAGCCUCUCCUGCGCUCCUUCCUUCUCAACACCAACAUGGUCUUCCAGCCCAGCGUCAAGUCACUGAUCCAGGUUUUAGGUUCUGUGAAGAACCGCAUCGAGGCCUUUGCCGCCUCUCAUGAAGACUUUCCCUCCAUGCUGAGGAAGGCCCAGCAGUACCUGGUGGCUCGAGGCAAAGUGGACUGGACUGACACCCCUGGAGCAGUUCCCCCUCUGCGCCGCUCUGAUUCUCUCAUAAAAAGUCGUAAGCCGUCUCUGGGCGACCUGAUUCUUCGACACACCAACAGUCCUACCCGGGCUCGACACGCUGCCCAGCUGGCUCUCGCUCACGUCCGGGACGGCGGCCAGUCGCUGCACAGCGCUCUGUUCCGAGGCGGCGGCGGGACCACCGGCCUGGAGAAGCAAGCGGAGGCGCUGCGAGUGAAGAAUGCAGUCUACUCAACUGUGAUCUUCUGUGAGUUCCUCAAAGAGCUGGCUGCCCUGGCUCAAGAGCACGCCGUCACUUUGCCCUUCCCUCAGAGCCAGGAGGCAGAGGAGUAGCGGGUAAACGCAGACCUCUCAGCUUUUAGCUUCCAUUUAUUAUUUGUAAAAUAUUCAAUCCUCUCUUUAGCUUAGAACAGACUGGAGCACUGAGACUUCUCUGUCACUCAAAUCGUCGGCAGACGUUACAAAGAAAAGGAAACUCUGGCAUUUUUCUACCAAAUUUAAAUUAAGACACACGUAUAGUAAGAAUUUUCCUCAUCUGUAAACAGGAAAUUGUGCAUAUCAUGUUAUUACAGUAUAUUUACAUCCUGUCCAUGCAAAACCUCAGUAAAUAYUGGAGAUGAGUGUAUAUACACAUGUCAUGGUAAAGCCACAGAUAAAACAAGUWGGUGCACAAAUUGGUGCUAGCUUGAUACUUGCUUUCUUUUAAUUUGAAAGGGUGGCACAAGCUAGACUUUAGCUUCCUGAACAAAAUGAAAGCAAACACCAAAUGCAGCUGGGCAGGAAAACGAUAAAAGUACAGGAGAGUUGAUCCGACGUGUGCACAGCGAGCUCAUCUUGGCUCUCAGCAGAGCUUUUCAUCCACCGGUCAGCAGAGAGAAGCUGAAAAUGUCAUCAGUCGGAUUGAUCAGAAGAGACUGCACUGCCAAAAACGUUGAUCGAUCAAUGGAUCAGGCGAAAACUGGAGCAGAGAGAUGUUUCUGUUAGAGCGAGUGUUUGAAAUAAUACUGGAAAUGUUUGGUAAUUAUUGCUUUUUGUUUGAAAUGUUUGUCUUUUGAUGUUGCACCAUUUACUUGACAUAUCAGCAGCGUUUGGGAGUGGGUGUGCACAUUCUUCUCCUUUUAAUGAACUGUUUUUAUUUUAAUGAAUCACUCCUUUCUGAAGAGUGAGGCCAGUUUUUAAGGCCAUCGCUGAGCUGAAGAGCUGUCGCCAUAAAGGAGGCGGGGAUUGAAAAGGCAGCACUGUAAAAAUGUUUUUCUUUACAUGUGCCAUUUAGUUCUUUUUACAGUACGCACUUUUGUUUUUUGAUGAAAUCUGUGCAUAAUUUCAGUUAACGUUGAACAUCUCCUGAGGCAUUCACUCUUUAUUUCCCCCAAAUUUUAUGUUUUAAGUAAUGAGCUAAAGAUGA